AUGUCAUCUCUGGAGGAUAAAGACGUCUCGUCGAAAUCUAACGGCGAUGACUUGCACUCGUACGCGGAGUCGAUCCAAUCGUUCGAAAACUCACCGGAUGAACAACUUAACGUCACUGCACAGCUCACUAAAUCCAUUUCUAAGAUCCUGUCCAAUGACGUCGGGGCUCACAGACUGGAGUCCCUAGCAAAAGUCAUCUCAACAAAGACUAAACGUGAGAUGGAUUCCUUUGAGGUCAACGAGUUGGAUUUCGACCUUAGGGCACUGCUGAACUACUUACGUUCGAGACAACUAGAACAGGGGAUCGAGCCCGGGGAUUCAGGUGUCGCGUUCAAAAAUGUUACCUCUGUCGGGGUGGACGCCUCGGCUGCGUUCGGACCCUCCGUCGAGGAAAUGGCUAGAGAUAUCGUCACUUGGCCCGCUAGAUUGGUCCGCAAGCUCAGGAAACAGAAGGGCACGCCAGUGAGGAACAUUAUCCAGAACUGUACUGGGGUAGUCGAAUCUGGUGAGAUGCUUUUCGUCGUCGGCAGACCCGGUGCAGGUUGUUCCACUUUGCUAAAGACUCUCUCUGGUGAAACUGACAAUUUCGUCUCUGUCGAGGGGGAAUUCAGUUACGAUGGACUUGACCAACAGGAGAUGAUGAAGAACUACAAGGGUUACGUCAUUUACUGCCCGGAAUUGGACUUUCAUUUCCCCAAGAUCACUGUCAAGGAGACUAUAGAUUUCGCCCUAAAAUGUAAGACACCAAGAGUCAGAAUCGAUAACAUGACUAGAAAAGAAUACGUCGAUAACAUCAGGGACAUGUGGUGUACUGUCUUUGGUCUUCGCCACACGUACGCGACAAAAGUCGGGAACGAUUUCGUAAGAGGUGUCUCCGGUGGGGAGAGAAAGAGAGUCUCCCUUGUCGAGGCACAGGCUAUGGGUGCGUCGAUUUACUCUUGGGAUAACGCCACUAGAGGGCUUGACGCCUCGACUGCUUUGGAGUUUGCACAGGCUAUCAGAACCGCAACUAACAUGGUCAAUAACUCUGCUAUCGUCGCUAUUUACCAAGCUGGGGAAAACAUCUACCAAUUGUUCGACAAAGCUACCGUCCUCUACAACGGUAAACAGAUCUUUUUUGGUCACGCAGACAAGGCGGUCGAUUACUUUCAAAGAAUGGGGUGGGUUAAACCAAACAGAAUGACCUCCGCGGAGUUCUUGACCUCAGUCACUGUCGACUUCGAAAACAGAACUUUGGACAUCAAACCGGGCUACGAGGAUAAAGUCCCCAAAUCGGGAGCUGAGUUCGAACAAUACUGGUUACAAUCCCCAGAGUACCAACAGGUCUUACAAGAAUACGACGAAUACGUCGCGAGACACCAUCCAGAGGAGACUAGAGAUAGAAUGCAGGUCGCCAAAAAACAGAGACUGCAAGCUGGGCAACGCCAGAACUCACAGUACACGGUCAACUACUGGACACAGGUCUACUACUGUAUGAUCCGUGGGUUCCAAAGAGUGAAGGGUGACUCAACUUACACCAAAGUUUACCUCUCCUCUUUCUUGAUCAAGGGUCUCGUCGUCGGUUCCAUGUUCCACAAAAUUGACGACAAAAGUCAGUCCACUACAAAGGGUGCAUACUCUCGUGGUGGGUUGCUAUUCUACGUUUUGCUUUUCGCCUCCGUGACAUCGCUAGCUGAAAUCGGUAACUCCUUCGCCAAUAGACCAAUUGUCGUGAAGCACAAAUCCUAUUCGAUGUACCACAUCUCUGCAGAGUCCCUGCAAGAAAUUAUCACCGAGUUCCCCACUAAAUUCGUCGCCAUUUUGAUUCUGUCGCUAGUCACCUACUGGAUCCCAGUUUUGAAGUACCAAGCUGGGGCAUUCUUCCAGUACCUGCUUUACCUGUUAACUGUCCAACAAUGUACCUCCUUCAUCUUCAAAUUUGUCGCUACGCUAACCACUGACGGUGUCACGGCACACGCACUAGGUGGCCUAUGGGUUUUGAUCCUUUGUAUUUACACCGGGUUUGUGUUGCCCAUUGGUGAAAUGCACCACUGGAUCAAGUGGAUUCAUUUCUUGGACCCAUUGACUUACGCCUUUGAGAGCUUGAUGGCUACAGAAUUCCAUGGGAGACAAAUGAAGUGCAGCAACAUGGUCCCCAAUGGACCCGGGUACGAAGGUGUCGCCCUCAUGAACCAAAUCUGUGAUACUGCCGGUGCUGUCAAGGGUACCUUGUUUGUCUCCGGUGACGCUUACAUUGAUAAGAUGUACCAUUUCGCUUACAAACAUGUCUGGAGAAACUGGGGGGUAAACAUCGUCUGGACCUUUGGUUACAUUGUCGCUAACGUUCUGCUUUCUGAAUUUUUGAAACCAUUGCAAGGUGGUGGUGAUUUGCUGCUUUACAAGAGGGGACACAUGCCUGAAUUGGGUACCGAAAACGUCGAUGCUAAGACUGCCUCCAGAGAGGAAAUGAUGGAAGCGCUGAACGGUCCAAGUGUGGACUUGGAGAAAGUCAUCGCAGAAAAGGACGUGUUCACUUGGAAUAACUUGGACUACACAAUCCCAUACGAUGGUGCAACAAGAAAAUUGCUAUCUGACGUCUUUGGGUACGUGAAACCUGGUAAGAUGACUGCUUUGAUGGGUGAAUCUGGUGCUGGUAAGACUACUCUGCUAAACGUUUUGGCUCAAAGAAUCAACAUGGGUGUGAUCACGGGUGAUAUGCUUGUCAAUGGUAAGGAUCUUCCAGCCUCCUUCAACAGAUCAUGUGGGUACGUCGCUCAGGCUGAUAACCAUAUGGCCGAACUUUCCGUUAGAGAAUCUUUGAGAUUCGCCGCUGCUUUGAGACAACCAAGUUCCGUCCCACUAGAGGAAAAAUACGAGUACGUGGAGAAGAUUAUCAUGCUGCUAGGUAUGCAAAACUACGCUGAGGCUUUGGUUGGUAAAACAGGAAGAGGUCUUAAUGUUGAACAAAGAAAGAAGUUGUCUAUUGGUGUCGAACUUGUGGCCAAACCUUCUUUACUGUUGUUUUUGGACGAACCUACAUCCGGUCUGGAUUCCCAAUCCGCUUGGUCUAUUGUGCAAUUCAUGAGAGCGUUGGCCGACUCUGGUCAAUCCAUCCUGUGUACCAUUCAUCAACCUUCGGCCACCCUAUUCGAACAGUUUGACAGAUUGCUUCUAUUGAAGAAAGGUGGUAAAAUGGUCUACUUCGGUGACAUUGGUGAAAACUCUCGCUCCUUGUUGAAUUAUUUCGAACGUCAAUCUGGUGUCAAAUGUGGUAUCUCAGAGAAUCCUGCUGAAUACAUUUUGGAUUGUAUCGGUGCUGGUGCUACUGCUACGGCUGCUGCUGACUGGCAUGAUCUAUGGUUGGCGUCUCCUGAAUGUGCUGCUGCUAGGGCUGAGGUCGAAGAAUUACACCGUACACUGCCAAGCAAACCUGUUAGCGAUGAUCCUGAACUAGCUACUACUUUUGCUGCCUCGUUCUUGACUCAAAUGAAAUGGGUUCUGCACAGAACCAACUUACAGUUUUGGAGGUCCCCUGUCUACAUUAGAGCAAAGUUCAUGGAAUGUGCUUCCUGUGCGCUGUUCAUUGGUUUAUCGUACAUUAGAGUCAACAACUCUGUUGGUGGUGCUUCGCUUGCGUUCUCUUCCACUUUCAUGAUUCUGAUUAUUUCUUUGGCUAUGAUUAACCAGCUGCAUGUUUUCGCUCACGAUUCUAGAGAUCUUUACGAGGUUAGAGAAGCCGCCUCCAAUACUUUCCAUUGGAGUGUUUUGUUGCUAUCUCAUACUACGAUUGAAACUAUGUGGUCAAUGACUUGUCAAUUUGUCUGUUGGUUCUGCUACUAUUGGCCCGCAGGAUAUAGCGGUCGUGCUCCUCAGGCUGGGUACUUCUUCUUCUUCUACGUUCUGGUUUUCCCUAUUUACUUCGUCACCUACGGUCUAUGGAUUCUGUACAUGUCCCCAGAUGUUCCAUCUGCAUCUAUGAUCAACUCCAACCUGUUUGCUGCCAUGUUGCUAUUCUGUGGUAUUUUACAAUUGAAGGACAUGUCUCCUCGUUUCUGGAUUUUCAUGUACCGUUUGUCGCCACUAACGUACGUCGUCCAAUCCUUGGUUGCUCCAGCGGUCCACAAUAAGCAUGUCAGAUGCGGGCCCAACGAAUUCCUAACGAUGGAUCCUCCACAGGGAGAAGACUGCCAGUCAUAUCUGUCACAAUACAUGAGUAUCAACGGCGGGUAUCUAGAAAAUGCAAACGCCACUGCGAACUGUAACUACUGCCCAUACACUUUCCAAGACCAAGUUGUCGAGAAAUUCGACGUGAAAUGGCAAUACAGAUGGAGAAACUUCGGUUUUAUGUGGGCGUACAUUUGUUUCAAUAUUACUGCGAUGUUGGCUUGUUACUACAUCAUGAGAGUCAAGGUUUGGAGCUUGAAGUCUGUUUUGGACUUUAAGAAAUGGUUCAAUGGUCCAAGAAAAGAAAGACACGAAAAGGAGAGUGGUGUUUUCAAAGCCACCGAACAGGACAAGCAAAACGUUACUAAAGGGUAA